AUGUCGACGUCGCCGCAGCCGCCAAGCCGCCAGGGCGAUAAGCGGCCUGCCGUCUUCUCCGCACGCACCGCUACUGAGCUGUACACCAUUUCUUACCUCAUCUUCUUCUCCCUGCUGGGCACUCUGGCCCGCCUUGGUCUCCAGGCCCUCACCACCUACCCGGGCUCUCCGGUCCUGUUCCCGUCCGUCUGGCCAAACCUCGGUGGCAGCUUCGUCAUUGGGUUUCUGGCCGAGGAUCGCUCGCUUUUCCGGGCGCGCCAUGAAGGGAACGAGCAGGAUCAUCAAAAAUACAAAAAGUCCAUUCCUCUUUACAUCGGGCUGGCAACCGGAUUUUGCGGCUCCUUUACAUCCUUUUCCUCUUUCAUCAGGGAUGCCGUCCUCGCGCUGACCAAUGACCUCGGCCCGGAUCCGGCCCUUUCGGGACCGACGCCAAGGAAUGGGGGCUUCUCUUUCAUGGCGUUCCUUGCUGUAGUUAUUGUCACAGUUUUACUUUCCUUGUGCGCCAUCAUCGCAGGCGCACACUUUGCCAUCGCACUGCAACCGAUUCUGCCGUCUCUCUUGGGCCACGAGAGGCUGCGAAAGGCCAUGGACAUGUCGACCAUCGUCGUCGGCUGGGGCUGCUGGAUUGCAGCGUGCUUGAUCGCCGGCUUUGCUCCAUCGGAAGUCUGGCGCGGCCAAGUUCUGUUCGCGCUCGUCUUUGCCCCGCUCGGCUGCCUCGCGCGCUUCUAUCUAUCGCUCGCCUUGAACGGCAAGCUGACGCCAUCAUUCCCGGUCGGCACCUUCACCGUCAACGUCGUCGGGACGCUGGUGUUGGCCGUCUGCUGGGACGUUGCGCACGCGGGGGCCGGUGCGGUAAUCGGCUGUCAGGUGCUGCAGGGUCUAGAGGAUGGGUUCUGCGGAUGUCUGACGACGGUGUCCACAUGGGUGGCGGAGCUCGUCGGCCUGGCUGCGAAGCGUCGCCGGGAUGCGUACGUCUAUGGAACGACUAGUGUGGUGGCGGCUUUGGCUGUUGCGAUAGCCAUCAUCGGAGGUUUCAGGUGGUCUCAUGACAGUCUUCCACAGUUACUGUGUGUUAUACACUGA